UUUUGUUUAUUUUAUAAAUGCGCAGUUUAGAUUUAAUAAUUUCAGAAAUGUGGCAUUUCGUUCACAUUAUAUGUUACCUUCACUGUCUCGAAAGUGUGUGCUUUGCAAUUAUGAGUCAAAAACAUUACGAAUUUUAAGGACGAAAAAUUCAGUGGAAAAUGGAGGAUUUUAACAAGUCAUUGUACCUUUCAGUGCUCUUUGUUGUUGCAACAGAAUGUUUUGAAAACCUCAGUCAACUCCCCAAGUAUUCAGGCGUACCGACACAAAGCGUAUCAUACAGAUAUCCGGCCGUGUACACAGCAGACAAAGCAGUAGAUGGAUAUCUUCAACAAGAUCUUGGUGAAGACACCUGUAGCAUUACUUUUGCCAACUCCCACAUUCACACGGCUUGGUGGAAAUUCCCCUUAAAACGAUUGGCCAAUGUAGCUUAUUUGACAAUAUUUUUCCGAAACUCAACUGUAAAUCGGCACACAGGGUUCUCUGUGUAUGUAUUCAACGAUUCGUCCUUCACACCACCUUAUGGUUUUGGAGAAAGAGUCUAUUCCCAUGAUCCAUCUACCUGUCCUCAAGUACAGAUGAAUAUAACCGUCAAUAAAGUGACUCAAGGCUGUCCCCUUCAACAUCAUGGAAUGAACUGUAGAAUUUGCAGUCCAAGAUGUCGGGAUAGACAUUGUGACAUGUUAAACGGUUCUUGUACCAAUGGAUGCAGCAACGCAUUUAUGACUCCAAAACAUUGCGCAUGUGUAAGUGGACGUUACGGAACUAUAUGUGAGGAAGUCUGUGGAAAAUGUCUCAAGGGAACAAACUGUGAUGAGCAUUCUGGGAUAUGUCAUCAUGGAUGCAAAGAGAACUGGCAAGGUGCCAAAUGCGAUGAAUGUCAAGAUCAUAAAUAUGGUCCAAACUGCGUAUUUGACUGUGGUCACUGUAGAAACAAAACAGCCUGCUCAAAGACAGACGGGACGUGUGAGGAGGGUUGUCAGUCGGGAUGGAGUGAACCGCUCUGCAUGAAAAAAGACUGGGUUAUGAUGACCCCGUCUUUAAUUAGCCUCGCCGGGUCAACGCUGUUUGUUGUCACCCUUGUCAGCAUUGGGGUUCAGAUACUCUGCAGAAGAAGAAAGUGGAAAAGAUUAAGCAAGAAAAGUUACGACAAAUGUAGCAAGGAAUUGGAUCCAAAUGAGGACACCGUGCGUUACAUCAGUGGUCGAGCGGAUUUAGGGAGGGAUGUCCAUAAAUAUAAUGAUAUGACACAAAAAGAAUAUACAAACGACAAAAUACUCAUCUAUGAAAAUACGGUUUUGUAUUAAAUAUGGUACAUACUGAAAGAUUUUUUCCUCUUUCUCGUCUCAUAUCUGAGCGUUAUUAUUCCUAUUCAAAUAUUUUAACCAGACAUUGAU